UUCGCUGAGAGAGGACUCUCUUCCAAUGACCAUGUGCAGUGCUAUGGACAUACACAGGUCACUGAAUGCUGAGUUCUUGGCAUCCACCGGUCCGGCGUGCAAUCAGAUACGCUCCAAAAUCAACAACAUGAGACAGAUAAUCGGCACCACGCCGUCGAGUCCCGACUGGCUACGCUUUGUGUCGCAGGUCGACGCCAACAUUGCCCAAGGCCUGCGCAAGGCCAUUAUCGUGUCUCUGGAGGCCAUGGCGUGCGGCCUGGAGCCCUCGUCCGAGCAGGCAGCCGCCAUCCGCAAGGAACUGAAUAUCAACAACCGUGAUGAACCGUUCCUGAAAGUCGAGCUCAUCCUUCUUGGCGGGUCACUGCACUGGGACCCGCCGAUCACGGAGGAGUGGAGUUUGCUGUCCGUCAAGGAGCAGAUGCUAGCCUGGGUGCGCGACAUCCUGCAGAGACCGGCGAGUGUCACAUGCGUCGCGUCUGAGGGUGAUUUCAGUGCGGUGUCCAGUGAUGACGGAGAGAUUGAUGAGCUGCAGGACUGCAUCGACGACCUAUUGACGAGGUGGCCCAUGGAUGCUCAGGAGGUCAAGGAGAAGUUGGAGAAGUAUUCGUUCCUGUGGAACCGCUCCGUCUUCAAAACGGUCGAGCAGUUUGUGUCCGGCAAGCUGCCUCGCUCCGACGCGAGUCGAGCGCGGACCCCGUCACAGGCUGUGCGUUCCCGAGCAUCGCUGCACUCGUCUGACGGUCGUCCGCAAUCCUCCCUGGGCAUGUCUGGAUUGAUGGGUGUUGGAGAGCAGCGUCUCAUUGCAUAUUCUGAGGAUUUCGACAAGGAGACAACACCGUUUCUGGACGACUUUGAGGAGGAAAUGAAUCGCUAUGAGGAAGCACUGGAGGAGAUUACGGGAAUGGAGCAGACGCUGCGCUACGGCUGGAUUCGUGUGGACCUCUCAACGCUGAUCCUGUGCCUGCGUGUUCUGUGCUCACGAUGGCUGCAUAGCUACAAGGAAUACCUCACACAGAAGUGCGACAGCUGGCUGGGCGAGUUCUUUGACUUCCUGACACGUGUGGAGCCGGUUGUGGAGGGUGUCAGCGGUGAGGAGCUAAACUCGGUCGAGUUCAUGAACCUCAUCUUGGCGUUCAAUGAGGUCUCCGUUCAGCAGCUGGAGAUGGACAAGAUGUUCACCGCCGUGCACCGCGCCGUGUCUCUGCUGCACAAGCACGACCAUCGCAUGACGGCGCAGGCGGAAGCCAUGUUCGAAACCCUCCCAUCACGGUUUGCCAAUCUGAAGAAGAAGAUGUCGCUGGCCAAACAGAAGAUUGGUCCUGGAAUGCGUCAGAGCAGCGGUCGUAUUAUGCGGGAUUUGAAAGAGUUCAGCAAUCUUUGCGACAAUCUAGUUCAGCGUGUCAAAGAAAGCAAAGCGACAACUCUGACGAUUUCUUCAGAUGAAGCCAAGGACCUGAUUGCGGAGCUAAGACAGGAGCUCAAGAACCUGCAGGAGAAAUCCACCGACCAAGUGGCCUACCAAGACCUGCUGGAAACGUCCGUUGUCAACUUCCAGGUGUUGUCCGAAUGCGAGCUGGACCUGGGCAGCCUGGAUGAGCUCUGGGAAGUGGCUGACAACAUUCUCAAGGAGCAGUUGAAGUGGCGCGAGACGCAGUGGAGCUCUCUGGAAUGUGACAAAAUCAUGUCGUUGCUUGACGGGCAAGUUGAUAAGCUGAAGGAGUUAGAUAACCGCGUGGAGAAAUGGGCGCUGUACCACAGUCUCUUGGAGCAUGUGGAGGCGGUGAAGGUAACCAUUCCGAUCAUGCAGAAGCUGGGCAGCUCGGCAAUGCGACUCCGCCACUGGAAGCAGGUGGUGCGCUUUGUGCACGGACAGCCGCAGCUCAUGCCCGAACAGCUUCCCACAGUGACGCUGGGAGAGCUGAUGCGCCUACGAUUGCACGAACCAUACUUGGACGAGGGCAAGGAGUUGUACAACCCGUCGGAUCUCGCUGCUCUAGUGUCCAAGGCUGAAGAGGAAGUCGCUGUGGAAGACGUCAUCAAGGUCCUGGAGAGCGUGUGGCUGAGUCGCAACUUCAACACGCACCUGCGCACGCGAAACAGACGCUCUAAUGCCCCGCGGGCUUCGGCGAGAAGUUCCCUGGGAAGUGCGUAUCGGCGUGGUCAGCAGCGUAAAGCCACCAGUGUGAAGCCACCUUCCUAUUCCAAAACAAUCAGCCAUGCUGGUGAAAGCUGCUCAAUCAAUGCUGGACCUCUAUCGGAGCCCGUGGUGGUCAUCUUGGAAGUGGAGAGCAUUUUUGAGACCCUGGAGAGCCAUCACUCGCUACUCUCACGCUCCGCCACUGCCUCGCUAUCCGAGGACUUUGUCAAGUGGCAACGUCGGCUGCAGACCAUUGAGACGGUGGUCCGGUUGUGGAUGCGCGCGCAGGCCAUCUGGGACGAGCUGGAAGACAUCUUCGCCAGCACGUCCGUGGUGCAGGUGUUGCCGUUGGACGCACGUCGCUUCUUCUCCUGCGACCGCAAGUACCGGUCGCUGAUGGCUGAGGCAUCGGUCAACGCUAACAUCUACCACUGCUCUCACAAAUCAGGCCGCUCUGAGGUGCUCCAGGAGCUCCAUCAGCAGCUGGAGCUGUGUGAAAUGGCCGUGCUGCGGCACGUCAAAGACCUACGCUCCCAGUUCCCGGUGCUGCAGUUCCUGUGCGCCCGCGACGUCCUGCACCUGGUCUCGUCCGCUUCCGAUGCGGUUCGUCUGGAGCGGCACAUUUGCAAGUUACUUCCGCCCGCCUGCUUUCUGACCGUGCGCUCGGUGGACAGCCGAGAAAGCCGGGAAAACUCGGCCAUGCCCCCGGCACGUCGAGGCUCGCUGCAGUACGCCAACAGUCGUCACGGCAACUCGCUGGACAGCGGGAGCAAUAUGACGGCAAUGACGUCGUCGCUGAAGCGCAUACUGGCGAUCGUCGGAGCGGGCUCUAGCGGCACGCAACGCGGAUACAGUGACGCCAAUCGUGCGGAUGGUGAAGGAGAGUCAUGUCCGCUUCACCGCUCGAUCAUCGAGGUGAUCAGUCAUCUCGGAGAGAAGUUACAGCUGAUUAAUCCUGUCCUGUGCAGCCCGGCCAGCUCCAAUCUCAUCCCGUCGCUGGCCAGCUCCACGCUAGCCACGCUGAAGGAGAAAGUGCCUGAAGUCUAUCGAGUGCUGGCCGACAAAAUGGCAGACGACCGCAUCCAGCUGACCAAUGACGUGCUGCUGGUGAUGCAGACCAUACUGCUGCACCAUCCCACUCAGGUCACCAGCGUAGCCAUGCGGCUGCUACUCGACUCUCGGCUGGACACCAUACUAAACACUGGUAGCAGCAGCAACAGCAGUGGCAGUAGCAGGGGCAGCAGCAGUGACCAAGAAAGCGCGGACGGCGUCCACAAGCGUCUUCUGCAGCACCGCAAGUUCGUCGUCACCUUCCAGCAGCGUCUGCUCCACGCGCUGCCGUACAUCCACAGCCAGGCGAGCUCGGCCACGCUACCCGCCAUGCAGGAGUGGCAUGACAAGAUGCGUAGCCUGGCUCCGGGGCGCAUGCUGCGACAGCAGAACAGCACCGUGGACGGCAGCAUGGACAGAGCGGCGUGGAAGAACCAACAACGACGGCUGUACAACGGCGAAGUUCUCAAGAUAAUGAACAUCCUAGCGGUGAUCGAGACGCACAAACAAACACUCACACAUCUGCUACACCAGGGAUCUUCAGCAGGCUCUACCGAUGCUGGGCCGCUGGCGAAGGAUAUGCAAGCGAAGACACUGUCAUCGGCGGAGUUGCCAUCGUCGUUCAAGCGCAUUGCUUUACUCCCCGGCACGUCAGACGGCAGUCAGGAGUUAAAGGUCACCGUGCAUGUCAAGGAGACCACUAGGGGCACUGGUAGCAGCAGCAGCAGCAGCAGCAGUGGUGGCAGCAGCAGUGGGAGCAGCCCUACCAGUGGCGGAAGUCUUCUAAGUGUGCCGCUGGCCUACGACUACCUGGGUUCUUGCGUGGUGCAUCCCAUGUUACCGAGCAUGUCAAGUACGGUGGCCAACGCCAUUAAGACACUGCACAGCAAACCGGCACUUCUACUGCAGGGAGACGCUAUGGCCGUCGACCAGUGUGUGGACAUGUUGUCAUGGCUACAAGGCCAGCAGCUGUACGUGUUGCCAUGCCACUCCGUGCUGCUGGUCGACACACUCAUCAACCACCUGCAGGGCAUGUCAAGCCAAGGAUCCAUCCUGUACCUGCGUGACGUAGACCAGUUGACGGCGCAGCUCCUUAACACGCUGGCGCAGUUCCUGCACUUGCUGCGACGUGCUCUGCAGCGCGGCUGGAACAAGUUCGUCUUCCUCGGCAAGCAGGUGGACGUCUGCAGGUCGGCCAAGUGCCUUGCGUCGGCACAGACGGGCCCGUCGUCACGGCUACGCCCGCACCUGGAGACGCUGCGCGUGCCGCCCCUGGAUCCGCGCAUGCAGGUGGAGUCCAUGCUGGCUCGCAGCGCUUUCCAUAACGCGGCCGAGCUGGCGGAGCGUGUACACUGCCUGACGGAUGCGUGCGCACGCCUCAACCACUCCACUUCCAACUCGCGGCCUGUAACCGGCGACCCUCCUCCGCUCGUCGACGUCUCCGUCGCAGGCACAUCGUGCGCUCGUCUGUCCUCGCUCUGGUACGGCGCCUUGCAGGCGGCCGCCGAGGCUCGUAUUGAACUGCACGCGAAGGAAGGCAGUGGCUUCGCCGCCAUUGGCAGCGAGAAGACACCGCUUGCCACGGAGUUGGACAUCAUCACCACCGCCAUGGCUGGAGUGCUGCUCCCGUCCGCACGGGAUACGGAGGAGGAAUGGCGCCUCACCCAGCUGAUCACGUCAAGCCUUGGCAUCAAGGAGAUCCUUCCUAGUCGCAAGUUUUCUUACGUCGUUGAAGAAGAGUUCUUCUCCCAGAUUGCCCAGUCGGCAGCGUCCGCGAGUCCUGGCCAUCGUCUUGGCUACAGCCAAGCCCUCAUGCACAGAGUGGAGCAGCUCAUGCAUCUGCUACAUUCCUAUGUGCUGGUGGGCAUACGUGGCCGUGUUGGCAUUGGCAAGACGACGUGUAUACGCCUAGCAGCCGCCGUGUGUCACAAGAUGGACGUCCCUACCACCGUCCAGUGGAUCAACGUCAGUGGCAUGACAACCGCUCAGCUCGUCGGAUACGAGGAUGCCGACACCAGGGUGUGGCAUGAUGGCGUGCUAACGCGACUGCUCAGAACGGCAUGUCACUCCUCACCCGCAGUCCAGCAGUGGAUUGUGCUGGAUGGAGAGUUAUCACAAGGCCAGCAAGCCAUUCUGAAGUCUCUUCUACUGCACACAGCAGCUGUCCCAUCCUAUCACCUACCCACUGGAGAUGUGAUCUACCUGUCCUCUUCCGUCAGGAUCAUUAUUGAGACGACGGCAGACGAGAUCAUGUCGGAGUGCUUCAUCCCACAUCUCGUGCUCCGUCAUGGUGACAUGGAGUGGCACACCGUCCUCUCAGCCUGGCUUGACAAACAGCACGAGGCGAUCAUCAGUGAGGGCAUUUCUGCCCCUGUCACGCUACGCAGCGACUUCUCCAGCUUUGGCGAUGCGUGUGUGUCGCUGUCGAGUGCUGCCAUUGGCUGGCUGUACGAGCAGGGUUUGAUGCGUGACGGUGUCGUCGAUAGAGCGUACUCGUCCGUCUGGCUGUGCGAGGCUGGGAUGGUUAAGACGUUCACUGCUAUCAUGGAGUGUACGUUGUUCCAGAAGCCCGUCCAGCAGAGCCACUGGCAAGAGCUUAGCAUGGAGGAGAUCCUCUGCUUCGUCACCUAUGCCGCCAUGUGGGCCUACGGCGGCGUAACGUUGUUCGCGCCUGACCGGGCGGACGCGUUCUGCAUCUGGUGGCGAGAGCAACUGCUCGACAUCGUGGAGCUGCCGGAGAAAGGACAGGUGUUUGAGCUGGUAGUGGUGCUCGCCGAAGACCAGUACUGUUAUCGCUGCUGGGCUGACAAGGUACCCGGGUACACUAAACCAGGUGUGGACGACGUCAGUGCCGAGCAAGCUGGCGGUGGGACGGUCGUUCAGACUCCGCGAUUGGCAGCAUUGCACUAUCUGCUGUCCUUGCUAGCCGAUUCCAACAUUGCAACCUGCUUGAUAGGAAUGUCGGGUGUUGGCAAAUCCACCAUUGUAGAGCAGUACACGUCAAGAGUUAGUCUGGGUGAUAUCAGCGAUACAGGCUGCUUGACCAUUGAAGCAACACGAUGUACAACAUCGGUGGAUGUGUGGAACAGCAUGAAGAAACGUCUGCAGUGGCGCUAUGGUUACACGUACACGCCGCGGCAGAAGAAGCAGCUCAUCGUCGUCAUGGAGAAUCUAGAGAAGGCGCUGGUUCCUCCAUCUGGCACAGGGCAAUCGGCCGUCGAGUUGCUACGGCAACUGCUCGACCAGAAAGGCUAUCACGCGCCGAGUGGAGACUGUCAGUGGCAUGUGUUGGAGUCGUUGCUACCGAUGGUGGUGAUGUCGCUGCCACCUCGUCCACCCACGCCAGCGCCCAGUGUGUUGGCGGUGCGGGACAAGCCAGUCAUGGGCAGUGUGGUGUCGGCACGUCUACUGCACCACAUGGUCGUGCUGCCGUGCUCCGAACCAUCAUUGGACGAGAUGGAGUUACUACACCACUCUCUGCUCAGCGCACACUUCUCCACCGAGGAGUUCGACGCCAGCAAGCUGUCCUACGAGAUUACCACUCUUGACCUGCGUGUGCCGCCCGAUAUGCUGCUCAGCAUCGUCAAGGCAACCAUCGACCUGCAGCGGCGCAUGAACGACCUGUUCCAGCCGCGACCGUGGCGACAGCACUAUAACUUCACGAUGCUGACCGUCAACGCGAUCAUCAGUUCACUGUACAAUCACUUGCCGGAGACUGCCAGUGGUCGUCAGGUGUUGUUGCUAUGGCUACACGAGUGUCAUUGGCUGUUCUGUGAGCACCUGUGUACGUCGUUGGAUCGAGAGCGCUAUGGUAUACUUCUGUCGAAACUUGCAAAGAUGUACUUCACGGGACGGGAUGCGCUUGAAGUGGUUCUGUCUAACUGUGAGGUACUCUACCGUUCCCCGCUGCUGAUCAGCCUGGACAUCGCCUCUUCCAGCAACAACGACACCGCACCGGCCAGUACAACGGUACCACUACAGAAAGCAGCGCCGGCCGGGACCAUACCCACAGCCGAGCAGGCCAAGCAGCCGAAGAAGUCUUCAUCAUCGUCAGUGCCAACACCAGCGUCGUCCUCGGCUAAACCCCAGCAACAGCAGCCAUUGCCGCAGUCUGCCAGACAGCAAUCUGGCCAGCGCCCUGCCGCCACACACAGGUACUACCGAGUGGAGGACAUGGACAAGCUGCGUGAGGACAUGCAGCGAGCACUCAUGCUGUACAACGAGAAACACCCGCCGAUCUCCGUGCCUCUGCAUCAGGCCAACCUGAAGAUGAUAUGCCGUGUCCAGCACCUGCUGGCCCAGCCGCGUAACUUCAGCCAUGUGAUCCUGGUUGCCGCCGGUAACCCGCUCACGCCGCGGCACCUGGUCUCGCUGGUCAGCUACGUAAACGACGCCGCGUUCGUCACCAUGGAUACGCUGACGCCGUGCGCCGAAGAGCAUCUGCUGCACCACGAGUGGAGCGACGCGCUGUGUGCCGCCGCCCCAAGUGGUGAUGGGGUGGUGCCCAUGGCAACGGCGGAUGACUGUGCGGGUGGUGCGGGCGGCAAGGUGUGCGUCAACUCUCAGCUGCUCCUGUUCAAGGUGCUCAAGGACCUGUGCCAGCAGGGUGGUGUUGAGAACCAACGCAUAGUUCUGUUGCUGACAUCGGACGACUUUCCGACGCGCUGCCACAGGUCCCUGCUGCAUGAGCUGAUGGUCAGCGGGCGUGUGGACCAUUGGUUCGACGAAGACGAGCGUGUGAAGAUUGUCAACGCCAUGCGCACGCACAUCAGCAAGCUGGGAGUGGCGUACACGGACGACAUAGCUUGGGAGGCGUUCCAGAGUAAUAUCCGUCGCAACAUCCGCAUUGUCCUGACGUUCACAUCGUGCGAGAGUUCCGCGUUCCACGCCUGUCAAGAUCACUUCCCGUCUCUACUGGAAGGCAGCGGGUUGAUCAUCGAAGAGCCCUGGUCCAGUGACGGCCUUGUCGACGUAGCUCUGUACCAUUUGAAAGAGUCUGAGCUGUUCUCCGAUGACUCGUCCGCCGCCCUCGCCCGUAUGCUGACUGAGCUUCACUCGGUGGCACAGGCUGCCAUGGAGCGCGAGUCAGUGUCCAGCGGUCGGCCGCGUCUCCUUUACGGUCGAAACGACAUGUUUGAAGGUUUAGUGGCCAGGUUUCUCAAGCUGUUCUCUGCACACUUUGCGGCGGACAAGAAACGCCGUAACAUCGUUAACGAAGCUGUGGCCGUUCUGAAACAGGUGACAGCACGCCGGGAUCAUCUCAAGGCCAAAGAGGACGACGAGGACGAAAUGCUGAAAGACCUCGAAGGGACAAGUCGCCGUGUGCUGUCGCAGAUUGGCCAGGAUCUUGUGAUGGUCAAGGAGUACAACUUGGUCUACCAGACGCAGAAGGACUACAUUCGGCACUUGAGACGGCGUCUGCCCGAGUACGAGAUGGCCAGCGAGAAGUCCAAGCACGACAUCAAGGUGUUACGGCAGCAGAUCCUGGAAACUGUAGAUCGGGUCAAUCUGCCGGCACUGCAGGAGUUGCGUCUCAUGAACCCCGUACCGACCGUCGUGGAGGAUGUCAUGGCUUCCAUCAUCAUUCUGGCUAAAUCUCCCACAGCUGACCAUACCUGGAGUAGGGGAUGCAAGAGGCUGAUGUCCAACACUGAGAGGUUUCUGGAACUUUUGCGUUCGUUUGACGUGCACACAACCCUGGGCAUGACGGCCAUUGAUCUGUUAGCGCUGCACAGCAACAAGGGUACAUUCAGUCAGGCCAACCUGCGAAAGCAGAGCACAAACAAGGCAAUUCUGGAGCUGCAAACCUGGGCAUCGCAGGUCAAACAGUAUUACGAGUUGAUACGCGAAAAAGACAUUCCCUUUGCUGAGCGGAUUGUCGAAACGCGGAAAGAGCUUACAGAACUACUCAAGGAGCACGAAGAAAUGUCCAAAAAAAUAUCUGGUCUUGAAGAGCGCCUGAAGUCCUACUACAAGAAGCUGGAAAGUUCCUCUCUGGACGUCAGUAAGCAGAGAGCCCAGAUGUUGGCCAUUACUGAGGAGACACAAGUCUUGGAUAGCUUUCUGAAGAUCACGCAGUCCGAGAUGACCUCCUGGUGCAUGUUGCUGCCCAGCAUGGGCCGGCAGCUGGAGGAGCUGUUCGGCCCUCUAGCCCUGACAGCCGCCGCUACCAGCUACUUCACGGCUGGCAUGGCGACGGGGGACGCGCACCUGCUGCUGUGCCACGAUUGGUCGGAGUGCGUGCGUCGUCGUGGCUACCCGGUGACCUGGUCGUACACCGCCUGCGGCGUUCCCGUCUAUCUGGCGCUGAUCAUCUCGAAGUGCGCCGCCCAGCAGCGCCCCCACCAGCACCUGGAGCCCGACCCGCAGCAGGAGAAGCGCAGCAGAGAGCGCGAGAGCACCACUGACGCCAAGGAGACGGACGCUAGUUUGGCGCUCGUCGAGGAGGAAGAAUGCCUGCUGGAGGAGCCCGAGCCUGAUCCCGAUCCAUCCCAACCCGAUGAAGUUGUCGGGACGAGAGAGGAAUCGGAGGAACAAACUGGCCCUGAAAAAGCUCCGUUUCCCCCUCAUCCCGUAGAUAUCUCGCCAGAGGCUGAGGCUCAGUUGGCGGCAAUGCUAGACGCGGCUGUGGAUCUGGAACUUCCGGACGUGUCGGCUCCGCAUCCGCCCACGCCGGACUUGGGCGAGACGCCUCUGUCGGUGGCAGCUCAGGUGCAACUUAUCGAGGCGAGUGACGUGUCCUUGCCACCGUCUCCCAUUGACGAAGCAUCGCCCCCGGCAACUCACAGGCCGCUGAGAACACCGGCACAACCUGUCGCCACCGCCAUCACCAAUUUGCAGGCCACGGUGCAAGCUUCUGCUGCUGUUGAUGUUGGUAGUUUCGGCGGCGUCUCUAUGGUCAAAGCCGGUACGAUGUCGAUGCUGCCCGUCAAACCCGUACUCGGCGUCGGCAGUGUCAACGACAGCAGUCAGAUGAGCAUCACGAUGCGCAGGCAAAGCAACGCCAGCCUCAAGCACGAGGCGAAGGUCAAUCUCGACGAGGCGGUCGACCAUCCCCUGCCGCUGUCGCGAGCGCCGUCCGACGUCGAUAUCGGCAUCCCACGCGACAUGACGAUACUGGACAAACGACUCGCACCCGGAACGGGAGAAGCCUCUGCGGACACAUUGGAGCUGUUGGAAUACUUCGACUCUACUCUACUGGACACUCCGCCAUCCCGCAUGAUCAAGAACCUACCCCUGACCACCAUCUUGGCAUCGUUGUCCAUGGCGAUGGCCAUGAUCCAGUCGCCGGGCAAGGUUGCCGGGGCUACCAUGGCGACUCUGAAUCAGCAGAGGUUCUCGCCGGCGGAGAUGUUCCUCGUCGGGCAAGUGCAUGCAGCGGUGGUGGGCGGUCGUGAGGCGGCGUGCCACAAGUGGCCACUGCUACGGGAUCCCGAUGGUCUCGGUGCCCAGCUGGUCAGGCGGAUGGAGCGGCAUGCUACCGUGGAUCGUGACGUGCAGCAAAGUUCUCUCUCGGAAGUCCUGGACGCUGUUCAGGCGGCCAUGGUGCAGGGAAUUCCCCUACUGCUACUGAAUGUCACGCCCGCGCUGUUGCUGUCCAUCCGAGCAGUACUCGUGCGCCCUCAGACCGCCAUUGUUAAGUCGAGCGGCAAAUCAGGUGUCGUCACGCAGUUCUGCGGUCGCCAGGCAACGUGGCAUCGUCUGUUCCGCUUGUACAUGACGUGGAACCCGCACUCAACGCCGCUACCGGAGGAUAUCCUCUCCUACGUGACGGUCGUCGACGCAACAUCGCGCAACAGCCUGCUGGCGGAGACCGUUCGCAACGAUGUCGUUGACGCGGUUUGCCCGCUGCUGUCGCAACACGAGACAAGUGUGCGCAACAACUUCCAAGACAUGCAGUGCAGAUUGAACGAGGUGGAGUCCGUUCUGCUUCAAGAGCUCUGCGCCAUCAACAUCAAGGAGCGGCAGACGUUGAGUCGCCGCAACCGCUUCCGCAUGUGCGAAUACGUCAAGAACAAGUUCUGUGCGAUCACCGAUGUCCGUCGCUCCAUCCUGGAGAUGGAGACGUGCACAUCGCUCACAUCACGUCUCUCCAGUCUUCUCACCAAGUUACAGACGCUGUAUCUGGUUGCCAAGGUGAUGGGAACACUAUCACCGCUCUACUCUCACUCUCAAGAACACUUCAAGGCGGCUUUGAACAAAGCAUACACUGUGGUUCAGAAUGACCUACUGGCCAAGCCAGGCGCUCCUGAGUUAGACACACCUGCCAAGUCAUUAGUCAGCAAGUUCCUACACGCAAUCAACACCUUGCCAGAGGAAUGGCAGAACAGGAUUACAGACGUGUUUGUGCAGCAGGUUUUCACGCACAUCUCAAGAGCAUAUUCCCUACACCACCAGCAACUGGCGUCAUUCCUGCACGCCACUCUGACACACAUCUCACAGCUGACAGCACCCACAGAGGUAGCAGUGGCUGCUGAGGAGUUCUCAUUGCUGUUUGAAGGUUCGUCUGUUCUGAUGCCCAUCUACAACAUGCUUGCCACACUGCAGACGUCCAUGGCGGGAUCUACCGAGCUAGCAUCGUUUUCCUCGUCAUCUGUUUCCGCGUCGGUUUCCGCGUCUGUUUCCGCGUCUGUUUCCGCCGUGCCCUCAAAUCCGACUCUCAGCGGCGCGCAACUUCCACACACGCUGCAGACCACACGUUUCCUGCAUCUGGUGCGGCUUCAGAGCAGCCCGCUUGGCAAGCUCCCGCUAAACGUCGUCACAGCCAGCUCCGAGGUACCGCUGGUUCAGAGUGCGCUGGAUUCGCUGAGCGUGUACGCGCGCGUGUCUCGCAUUCCCGUGACAACCAACGGCGGAUUGUCGUCUCGUCGCAGCCGCCGCUCUGCGCAGUCACGGCCCGCCUCGCGAUGCCCUGGGAGCAUGGAUAAUAACGACGGUGGUGGGGAUGUACCGGUACGUGCCUCGCCGACAUCACCCUACGCCGGCGGCGAUGUCGAUGAUAGCCAGGACUCUAGCGAUGCCGAAGGCUCGACGCAGCAGCACCGAUCGCGAUCCCGUGCCGCUACGAAAUCGCCGUCGAUGACGCCACUAGCCGAGGAGACCUUGGUCAAUUCAGGCACUCGUGACGGUCAUGUUGGUGGUGAUGCUGACAUGCACAGGAGUGGCACGCAGUCAAGAACGUCCAAUGCAGCAUCCUCCAGGCAGGACAUACAAGGGGAAACUGCCGCCGGACGAGGGGAAACCCCUGUCACACAAGGGGAAACCCCCACCAGCGUGUCCCGCUCAGCUGACGCCAAGGACAGCGACGGAGAGAAACAAGAGGAGACCGACCAGAAAGACGAGUGCAGCGAGAAUGCCAAUGCUGAUGACAAGACCGAUGAAAACAAGCCGAAUGCCAAGGAAGAGGACAAUGGCAGCGUGGUGAAGGAGGAGGACGGGGACGGUGAGAUGGCGGAGGAUGGCAAGAAUGAUGAGCCUGACCGGAAAGAUGAGGACAACGAGAACAAUGAUGGUGCUGAUGGCAAGAAGGAUGAGAACAAGGAGAAGAGUGAGGGCGAGGAAAAGAAUGAGAACAAAGAGAAGGAUGAGAUAGCGCAGGUUGUCGCAGACAAUGGGAAGUCAGAAGACACCAACAAAGAUGACCACAUGCAGAAAGACGACAGCAACAGCCAAGAAGAGGAUAACAAGCAGAAAGACGAGGAGGUACAGGAUGAUGCAGCCAGCAUGAAGUCUGAGCAUGCCAAGAACAUUGCUGAUGUUGCUGCCCAGGACGAUGACAAUAAGGAGAACGCUGACGCCAGUGUCGACAAGACGCAGGAUCACCAGGAAACGGAAGAUGGCGACGAAAAGGACACGGAGAGCGGCAAGGUAGAGGACACCAAGAUCAUCGAGGAUGACAAGAAAGACGAGGACGAGCAGAAAGACGGGCAGGAACGGGAGGAUGUCGCCGACGAGAAGGCAGGAGAGACCGAGAUCGGUAAGGAUGCCCAGGAAGAUGAGGGCAAGGAGAAGGAUGGUGGUGAUGAUGCUGCCAAGGAUGCAGAUAGUGAUAAUGUGGUUGGUGCCAAAGGUGACGGUGAUGUCCAGACCAAGGACGAGCACCCAGACGAGGACCAGCCAAACGACGAGAGUAAGGAGAAUGAUGCGGACAGCGAGAAGGCCGGGGACGUCGAGAAUGAUGGUGGUGAAAGCGAGCCGAACAAGCAAACCGAGAAAAGUGAUGACGACAAAACUGUCGAGAACCAGGAGGAGAAUGAGAGGGAGAAGAAAGAUGCAGACAGCGUGAACGUGGAAGACAGUGAGAGCAAGAAGAAAGAAGCGGACAGCGUGAAGGCCGAUGAUGCCAAGAGCGACACUGCCGACACAGAGAAUGCGCAAAGUGAGAAAGAUGAGAAUGUUGACAAUACGGGCGAGGGCCAGCCAAUAGAUGAUGGCGGGAAGAAAGAUGGCGGCAGCAAGACUCCAGAGGAUGCCAAAAGCAGCGAUUGUGAUGACAGGCAGGGCGAACACCAGCAGAGGACGGAUGGCGAGAACAACAAGGCUGACACCAAGGAAGAGGACGAUGUUGGCAAGGACAAGGAUGAGGCUACGGUGGAAGACGACAAGAGCAAAGACGCCAACGGCUCAGCCAAAGCCAGCGAAGCACCGGAAGAUGCAAAGCUCACGGAUGUCGAUGAAGCAGAUGCAGCCCGCCACUCGACCAUUACCGAAGCCGAGGCCAGUGCAGCAUUGGAGGACGACACCGCUGCAAAGCUCACGGACGUCGAAGCAGAUGCAGCCCGCGAGUCUGCCAUCGCUCAAGCCAAGGAGCAGAUUGCGGAGGCCGGCUUGCCCACCAAAUACACACCGAUGCAGCGACUGCUGCUCGCGCAGGUGCUGGGCACGGCGCGCGACUUUACGACGGAAAUGGCUAGCUUCACGGAGCAGUCGCUCGGUGCUUCGUUCCUCACGUCGCAACCCGUCAAGUUGAGUAGCUUACUUCAGCUGGGUAAGCCCAUUAUCAUCGUCCGACCGAACUCCCCGGAAGUGGAGCUCGCCAUCACGGAGGUUCUCAGAACGGCUGCAAAGGUGUACCGACAAUCCCUGGUGAAGGCGUGUGUCUCCUCGCCAACCCUCCUUCCCACCGUCAUGGAAACGCUAGAGGACAUGCUUAAGCAGAGUGGCGGCGGUGGCGGCCAUGUUGGUUCCCAUGGUGCCACGACUGCUGGCGCCGCUGGUCGAGGUAGCGGCGUCGGGAACUCCGACACCAAGUCGCUCUUUCUGCUGCAGUGCGUCGACCUGGCGCCCAAGUCCUGGCUGGUCAAGCUGCAGGCGCGGCUGCGCGGGGUGCACGAUUCGGCGACAGCGGCCACUAAGCCGCGCAGCACGCGACCAGGCGUUCACACCGUCGGCCGCCGCAGAUCGGCGUUGUCACGGAAACUCGAAGCUUUCCAGCCUGCCAAGCUGAUCUGCCCUAUCGUCAUGACCUGUACCGGUUCCGCCGACCUGCCUCACUCCCUGGUCGCCGGUAGCACGGUGGUUGCUUGGCAACAUCUCAAGCUACGCGUAACCACUGGCAAUGAGCAACGUCUGCACGACAUGCCGGAAUCCGUUGGGUUUAACCAGGCGUGUACACGGCUGCAAGCCGACAUGGCUACGCUGGGACGUGAGUUGCGCCGCUGUAACUGGUUCCAGCACAUCCAGCUCACGUACUGCACCAACCAGCAGGCUCAGGAGCUGGGUGCCGUGUCCGACAUUCCGCAGCUGAGUCAGUCCCGCAAGCACUCCGUGGGCAAUCUUUCUCUACCGCCGGAGCAGGCGUCGUUUGGCUUACUGUCACCGAUGUCCCAGGACGAUUGUGCCGACGCAUGGCUAGUGAUAGUACGCGAGCAACUUCCCGACAACGUUGAGCUAGCACCACCAGCAACAUCAUCAUCAUCAAUAUCCGAUGAGGAUGAGAGCGGCGAUGACGAGGAGGGCGGUUCUACUGCGCCACGGCAACAGACAGCCACGGCUCACACCAUCACCCAGGAAAUCGAGAAGUUCAACAGCAGCUUGGAUUACGUCAAGCAGGAUAUGCUGCGAAUGCGUCGCUUUCUGGAACGGCAGUCCCUGGACAGCAUCAGGGCUCACUCCUCCACUACACUGCGGACGUGCGCAACACGCGACUCUAAGGACUGUCCUGAGAAGCGUGCGGCGAGGAUCGAAUCCAGGCUGCAGCAGCUGCUGCGUGGUUUUGUGCCUGACGAAUGGCUGUUGGUGUGGGGUAGCUGUGCGUUCACAACGGAUGCCGAAAGUAGAAGCACAAUGCAGUGGCUUAAGGAUCUGAACGUGCAGUCCAAGCUCUACGCAUCCUGGGUGCAAUACCUGUCGUCGGUGAAUUCACCACAGCAUGCUCACCCCACUGCAAAUGUGAGCACUGGGGGACGAAGACAAGCACCAUCGCAGCUGCCCGUGGAGUGGACACACGUGUUUAACAGUGACGCCCUGCAGCUCGCUCUGGAGACAGACGGUCGUCUGUAGAACAACGCAGGGCAGCGAGCCAUGGUCAGCACUCUCCUCCUAUUCCGUGUUGGUUGGGUCUCGCGCGUCGUCUCUUUAGUCGUAAGCUUGUCGUUCGCUGCGCGUGUCCGAGUUCGAAACUGUGACUGCUGCGACCAACACACGCCGUCUAAAACAAAACUACUAGUAGUCCCUUCUUAUGCAUGAGGUAAUGGUCACAAUGCAUGACAUCAUAAUUAACUUGCAUUACUUCACAAUCGCUAUGCACAGCGUCAUAUGACUCAUAACGUUAUUUCCUUAUUAUUGAUGUCAUGAACGGCCGACAAAUCACUCCCCGUGAUGCUUUCUCUGAGUGCCAAUGCCUUCGUUAGUUUUCGUAACAUAUAAUUGCCUCUCUUAUUAUUCUGUCAAUAUCAAUAUUUUGCCUUGUGAACGCGGUUUUGUAUAGACUGAGUCUAUACAAUAUCAAUAUUAUUCAUGUAUAUCGAGGUCACUGUCGAUAUGGAUGAUGUCAUAAGCAACGACCAUGAUGUCACUAUGACGUCAUGUAGAGUUCUAUGAGUAAUAGUAUCUGUAGUUUCAUGUCUUUAUAAUUAUUUUGUAAUUUUAGUUUCAAGUUGUCGAUGUAUGGUAGCGUAUUAUUCAUGUUCGUAUCUCGAUCAAAUUGCUCCACAAUCCUGUACUGAAUCCAUGCACAUGUA